AUGACUCAGCUGCUGCUUUCAGGAUGGGGCAACCCACAGCUGCCUCUGCCCCAGUCAGAAGAGGACUCCAAGGAAUUCCAGGCCUCUUUCAUGGCAGUAGCUGGCAUCGCCCGGUGGCCUCAACGGGAGUGCAUGGCUCAAAUUCUGCCUGGGCUUAGCGAAGAGGCCCAAGAGGCCUACGAGCGCCGGACUCCUUUCGCAAAAGUGAAGGAAGAGAUGCUGGAUGAGGUCCUGGUAGGCUUGGAGAUGAGCCGCCAGCGUUUCAGGCAGUUCUGUUACCGGGAGGCCGAGGGCCCCCGAGAGGCGUUCAGCCAACUCCGGGAACUUUGCCAUCAAUGGCUGGAGCCAGAGAGACACACCAAGGAGCGGGUCCUGGAGCUGGUCAUCCUGGAGCAGUUCCUGUUCAUCCUGCCGUGGGAAAUGCAGAACUGGGUCAGGGAAUACGGGCCCGAGACUGGCAGCCAGGCGGUGGCCUUGGCGGAGGAUUUCCUCCUCAGGCAAGGAGAGGCUGAAGGUGCCACGCAACAGAGACUAGGGCCCUCGGAAUAUGCGGCUGUUAAUUCCCCCAAGUCCGAGGAUGAUCCAUCAGACGCCAUGAAAAUGCAGUUCUACACGGAGGCCGGACAUGAGGCCAACUUGCCAGGUGAAGGGCAAAUCCAGCAGUAUGAGGAAAAGAGGAGGAGAUCUGAGCAAGCAGAUGUCAGUGGAGCAUCAUUAGGAGGAGCAGAAGAGAUGUUUUUCCAGGAUCCUGAGGGGAAAGAGUUGCCUACAAGUCACGAGGGGCCAGAAAAUCAACAGGAAAACUAUCCAGGGAAGACAACAGACGUUUGUGAGGAACUCAACCUGGGCUUACAUGGAAAUGAUUUCCAAGAUGGAAUCUGCAGGCUUGAGGGAGAAAAACUAGCUAUUUCUGUUACUCAAAACCCACCCCAGAGUUUGGACCUAGCUGAGAAUCAGGAAACACGGGUGGCAGAAAAACUGUAUAACUGCACGUACCAUGGAAAAAUCCCCAGUCGGAGGCAGCCCCUGCUGAGCAUCCCCGAGACGACUCAUGCUUCAUAUGAAUGCUCUGACUGUGGGAAAAGCUUCAGUUGGAAAUCGCACCUUUUUAGACACAAGCGAAGCCACACGGGUGAGAAGGUGCAUCAGUGCUCCGAGUGUGGGAAAGGCUUUAUCUUCAAAACAGACCUUUUCAGGCACAAGAGGAUCCACACGGGCGAGAAGCCAUACGAGUGCACAGAAUGUGGGAAAUGUUUCAGCCGCAAACCGAACCUCAUUACACACAAGAGAACCCACACAGGAGAGAAACCACAUCAGUGCGCCGAGUGUGGGAAAUGCUUCAGUCGCAAGCCAACCCUUAUUACCCACAAGAGAACCCACACGAGGGAGAAGCCGUACGAGUGCUCAGAAUGUGGGAAAGGCUUCAUUUUCAAAAUAGACCUCUUUAGGCACAAAAGAACCCACACAGGAGAGAAACCCUACGAUUGCUCGGAGUGUGGGAAAUGCUUCAGUCGAAAAGCCAAUCUCAUUACGCACAAAAGGACCCAUACGGGCGAGAAACCGUACGAAUGCUCAGAGUGUGGGAAAAAGUUCAGCCGUAAAGGAAACCUUAUUACCCACACAAGGACUCACACAGGAGAGAAACCAUACGAAUGCUCAGAUUGUCGGAAAAGCUUCACUCAGCGGAUACAUUUUCUGAGACAUGAAUCCAUUCAUACAAGAGAGAGAAAUGCAGAAGCUGUGGACAAUGCGGGGGGGCAUGGCCUGAUGCUUACCAAAUGUAAUGGAAUUCACAUGCGCACAAGAGAAGCCACAGAAAGCCCUGCGAUCAAAAUGGAGGAGAAGAACACAGCAGAACCCAAAGCUGGGGAGAGAUUGGCGGCUGGAGGCAAAGAUCUUCACAUUGUCCAAGUGGGGAUGAUGGGGGAGUUCCUGAGUGGGGUGACUGCAUCCCAAAUCAAACAAGAACCGGAUGAGGGGCCACAGCAGAGCUGGGGGGUCCAGCGGCAGCAGUUCCUGAAGUCGACGGGGCAGACGCCGUAUUCGGGAUGGGCGGGCGCGCCGCUCCCUCAGCCCCGGUCGGAGAACAGGGCAACAGAGUUUCGGGGCUCUUCCAAGGGAGGAAGUGAGGCCGACCCGUGGCUACCAGGAGAAGGCCCGACCCAAUCCAUGCCAGGCCUGAGUGGUCAAGAAGACCACGAGGCCUACAAAAGCCUGGACCCUUCUGUGGAAGUGAAGGAAGAGAUUCUUGACCGAGUGGACAGUGCCAACUUGGAGUUACGGUGCCAGCGAUUCAGGCAGUUCAGCUACCAGGAGACUGAGGGGCCCCGGAAGAUAUUCUGCCAGCUCUGGGGGCUUUGCCACCAGUGGCUGAAGCCGGAGAGACACACCAAGGAGCAGAUUUUGGAGCUGGUGAUCCUGGAGCAGUUCCUGAUGAUCCUGCCUCUGGACAUGCAGUGUUGGGUCAGGGAACGAGGCCCUGAGACCUGUGCCCAGGCAGUGACCUUGGCGGAGGACUUUCUGUGGAAGGUGCCGGAAGCCGAUGGAACAGAGCAGAAGAUCUCGGAGGAAGCCGAUGGGUUGGCAGCCGACUCCCCCAAGUCAGAGCUGGAUCCGUCAGACAUUGUGAAGAUCGAGCUUUCGAUGGAGAACAUGCAAGAGGGAGACCAGCAACAAUAUUUUCUUGGCGAAGCAGGUGAAUUGCAAGAGGGAGCUUGUGGCACUGUGAGAAAAAAGGCCGCUUUGGACAGUGGGGAAACCCUUCGUCUAUCGUCUGACCACCUUUCCAAGAACCAGAAGACGCCACUGAAAGAGAAGCCCUAUAAAUGCUCGUACUGUGGGAAAAUCUCCGAUUGCAGGGCACACCUGAUCAUCCAUGAGAGAACCCACACAGGGGAGAAGCCACAUAAAUGCUCCGUCUGUGGCAAGAGUUUCACUCGGAAAGAGUCUCUCAUUAUCCACGAGAGGUUUCACACAGGAGAGAAGCCCUAUAAAUGCUCAGUGUGUGGCAAAACCUUCAGUGAUAAAAUUGGCCGGCUAAUACAUGAGAGAACUCACACGGGAGAAAAACCAUACAAGUGCACUGAGUGUGGGAAAAGCUUUGGAACUCGUUGUAACCUCCUAAGGCAUAGAAGGGUACACACAGGAGAGAAACCUUAUAGAUGCUCAGAUUGUGGGCAAAGCUUCAGGUAUAGACCGCAACUGGUGAUUCAUGAGGGGACCCACAAGGGUGAGAAACCGUAUAAGUGCCCGGACUGUGGAGAGAGCUUCAAUCAAAGUCGGCACCUUGUUAUUCACAAGUGGACCCACACGGGAGAGAGGCCACAUAAAUGCUCCAUCUGUGGCAAAAGCUUCAAUCAGAAAUCAGACCUCAUUACCCACACGAGAACCCACACGGGAGAGAAACCAUACGUGUGCUCGGAGUGUGGGAAAAGCUUCAUUUCGAGCUGCCAGCUCCGAAAGCACGAGAGAAUCCACACAGGUGAGAAACCAUACCAGUGUUCAGACUGUGGCAAAUGUUUUACGUACAGCUCUCACCUUACAACCCACAAAAGGACUCACACAGGAGAGAAACCGUACCAGUGUCCGGACUGUGGUAAGUGCUUCAUUUCCAGCUCUCACUUCACGGCACACAGAAGGACGCACACGGGAGAGAAGCCGUAUCAGUGUUCGUACUGUGGAAACAGCUUCAUCCAGAGAUCGCAGCUCGCUAAACACGAGAGAUCCCACACCGGUGAGAAACCGUACAUAUGUUCAGAGUGUGGGCAAAGCUUCCGGUGGAGUCAAGGGCUUAAGAAACAUAUGAGGACUCACACGGGAGAGAAGCCGUAUAAAUGUUCACAGUGUGAGAAAACAUUCACCAGUUCCUCAAAUCUUUCUAGACAUCAGAAAAUCCAUGCUAGGGAGAAACUGUAAGGAUCAUGAUUGAAGAGACUGUAAAUGCUUAGACUGUGGGACAGUGUAUUGGGAAGA